AUGGACGGUACAUCUCGGAAGCGAGUGUCACAAGCCUUAUCGAUUUCGAGUGUCACAAGUUCCAAGCAUGAUGCUCCUGAACCGCGACGUGUCAGGGAUAGCAUACCAUGGAAGCUAUGGGUCGUCGCUAUGAUCGGGUUCUGGGAGAGAGCAACGUUCUGGGGGCUCACCGCCCCUUGGCAAAACUACAUGGAACACCCUCAGCAUCAUGAAAAGGACCAAACUCCCGGUGCUCUCAACCUUGGGCAGACCACGGCAACACGAAUGUACUGCGGAUUUUUCAUCGUCUACUUUACCAGCCCGAUUCUCAUAGCGCCAUUGGCAGACAAUCAUCUAGGCCAAUACAGGACUUUGCUGAUCAGCUUGGCGAUUUAUACUAUAGGAUGCAUCGCCCUGGUGAUCAGCUCGCUCCCGGUGAUGCUUGAUCGAGGAGCGGGUUUGCCUGGUCUGAUCAUUGCGAUGUUGCUGAUUGCUAUGGGUGGCGGAGGUACCCAAGUUACCAUGAGGUCGUUCAUUGCCAACCAGUAUACGGAUAGGAAUUCCAAGAAGAUAACACUAUUGGCGCCUCAGAAUCGUUUCCUGAAAUUGAUUUGUCUCGCGAAAUAUUUUACAACCUCACUAAAAGAAGAACUAGUAGUGAUCGACAGCGAUAUCACUCUACAAUAUAUUUACAACCUAUACUUCUGGAUCGGCAACGUAGGCGCUUUGUCAGCAUUCCCUUGCGUCUACAUUGAGAAACACCACGGAUUCGCUUCCGCAUAUGCUCUUGGUCUUGGUUGUAUCGUUAUUGCGCUCUUGAUGUUGGUAUUUGGCAGGAAACGUUUCGUCAAUCCACCGCAGGAAGCAGACGUGGUAGUACCCGCAGCUAGGGUUCUCAGCUGCGCUAUCCGAAAUGGCUUUCGGAUGAAACGCGCAGAUCCAAUUUAUCAGCAUACCGAGAAAGGUAAAGAGGUCUCAUGGACCGGUCAGUUCGUCGAUGAGAUUACUCGUGCGUUGGGCGCAUGUCGGGUGCUUCUGGCAUUUAUUGUCUUCUACAUCUGCUUCGAUCAAAUGCAGAACAACCUUAUAUCUCAAGCCAGCGACAUGAACACCGGAGACACGCCAAACGACAUCCUCCCUGGCAUGAACCAAGUGGCUUGCAUACUCAUCAGUCCGUUUGUAGAAUACGUCCUCAACCCCCUGCUGGCAAAAAGAUGCAUAUAUUUGAAGGCGAUCACUCGCAUCGCUAUCGGCUUUUGCUUUGUCACACUUUCGAUGCUGUAUGCAACCUUGGUACAACACUACAUCUAUAAGUCUCCACCAUGCUUCGACCACCCAUCAUACUGUGGAAAUAGUGUGUCCGCCGCACGAUACCGGCCCAAUGUCUGGAUUCAAGCGCCUCUCUACUUUCUAAUGGCGACAGGCGAGGUGUUCGCUAUGACGACAGCCAUGGAGUAUGCAGAGAAGCACGCGCCAAAAGAGAUGAAGGUCCUUGUGCAGGCUAUCAACAUGCUCAUCACGGGUAUAGGCUCGGCCAUCGCUCUGGUGAUCGCCGAGGCAGCUCGCGAUCCUUACCUUACCUCGUUCUAUGGCAGUCUUACAGGUGCUAUGGCCCUCACAACCGUCAUGUUUUACGUUACGUUCCGGAAUAAGGAUAAAGAUGAUACCAGAGCAGAUAUAGAGGAGGGCAGCAGAGGAAUGGCGCUACCACCACCAGACUCACGCUUGGGAUCACGCCAACUCGAUACGAUUGUGACAAGUGGAUCUACGGAUACAGACAAGGACAUGGAGUUGACGCCAAUUACAUCAUCCUCACGGACAAUACAUAUCGAGCGAAAUAGCACAGUUGUAGCUGGAUCAUAUUAG